AAAUAUUUGCAUCCAGCGCGAAACUACAACUCCCAGAGUACACCUCCGACUGCUUAUUAUACCGUUCAUGGCGUCUGGUCGAGGGCUGAAGACAGGUCGCCUCCUGGCAAACAGAUAGGCUGGUGAAUUUAACGGUUUGGUUUCGUCCGUCACGGCGUGGCACGAUGGAGGUGGAGAGUGUCAAAGUGGAGGAUGAAAGGCGUUUGACCCAGCUGAGGUUUGAAGCCGCCGUGAAAGUGAUCAAGAGUUUACCCCCGGAUGGUCCCUUUCAGCCCUCCAAUGACAUGAUGCUCAAGUUCUACAGUUAUUAUAAACAAGCAACUGUGGGAGCGUGCAACAUACCCCGGCCGGGCUUCUGGGACGCAGUUGGCAAAGCAAAAUGGGACGCAUGGGAUUCUCUUGGAGAUAUGUCAAAAGAUGAAGCAAUGGCAGCCUAUGUUGAUGAAAUGAAACUGAUCCUGGAGGGCAUGCCCAUGACAGGUGAGGUGGAGGAGCUCUUGCGCGUCCUCGGCCCGUUCUACGAGCUGGUCGAAGAGAAGAAAAAGAUCACGCAGAUAUCAGACCUGAGCACGGGGUUUGGUACAAUGCUGAAUUCGGUGCAUUCGAAGAGUGUCGCAAAGAGCAUCGUCAGAACCAUGGAAAUGAACGGCACUCUGGAGACUCGGCCUGCCAAGCUCAAAUCCAACGAAGCGAAGGAACGGUCAGACGACGAAGCACAAGAAGAGGAGGAGGCCGACGAGGAAGAGGAGGAAGAAGUAGCGAGAAGGGAGAUGAGAAAAGACAGGAAAUCAGCAGCUUCACAGCCAAAGAAAAAGGGUUCAUCCAGGAGACACAAAGUUCCCCUGUCAAAUGGUAAAGUGGCUAACGGAGUCCCCCAUCUGACCAAUGGGAGUCUGAACAGUGUUGACUCCCAGGAGGGUUCAGUCAGCGAGCCUCUGCUCAAUGGUCACCAUGCAAAUCCAAGUGCCGAUGUGUCUGGUCCCAAUCACCUGGCCAGUGACUCGGACAGUGAGGUCUACUGUGAUUCUGUGGACCAGUUUGGCCAGGAAGAGAGCCCGGAGCAUAACCGCUCUCUGGAUAACCUGGAUGAAGAGCAGAAUCUCAUGCUGCAGCCUAUAGAGGCAACACAGGAGAUCGAGGAGGAUGUUGAAGGUCCACCAAAGGUCAAAAGGUGUGGAGGAGAAGAUGGAGAGACCGGUGGGACAAUGUCACAGAGACAGAGUCUGAACGCAGACAUGCCAGACAGCUCCUUGGUCAGAGGAGGUAAAGGCUCCAGGUCUCAACGCCACAGCUCUGGAGCUAUGGUGCCCAUGCACAGUGGUGGAGAUGGGGACGGGGGCCACUGGGGAGGAGGAGUAACACCUGUAGGGAGCCUGAAUGAGCAGAUAGUUGUGGCAUUGGCCCGACUGCAGGAGGACAUGCAGAGCGUCCUGGAGAGGCUGCAUACCCUGGAGGCUCUAACUGCGAGUCAGGCAAGAUCAGUGGCUCUGUCUCCUACUUAUGCAUCACCCCCAGUGACUAAGAGGAGUCAGAGGCCAUCCUGGUGGCCUUUGGAAAUUUCUCCAACCAGUUUGGCCUUCGCUGUGAUAUGGCCAUUUGUGGUGCAGUGGCUUAUCCGCCUGUACUUGCAGAGGAGGAGAAGACAAAUCAACUGAGCCUGCUUACAUCCACACACCCAUGGACACAGAAGAUAACGAGUCCUCUAAAUGUCUUUGGUUGGGCUGCUAAUGGCUGUAACACCCCCCCCCCCUUUCUGCUUAGACCCACAGCCCAGUAAUUUGCUUUUGCACUAUGAAGGAGGCACCUAGAGUAACUAACUAGUGAGAGGAAGAUUACUCUCAAGUGUGUUGUACUGUGGAUGUGGAAUCAAAAAGAAAUAUGAAUGUAUGAGCUCGGAGCCUGUGAUUAUACAACCUUAUCAAGAUGACACCACUGUACUGGAAUCUUUUUUUUUUUUUUUUUCUGUGUAAGAAACGGUUUGUGUUGAGAGGGAAAAUUUACAGUUGGGAUAUUGUCAUUGUGUUUAUAGACAAACUACUGAAGCUUUUCAAUUAUUUCCAUAACAAAGGCUUUUUUUUUUUUUUUUCUUCUUCUGGGCACCAAAAAUGGGCCUGAUACUUUGUUGUUUUGAGCAUAAUGCUUGAUGUGGUUAUAAAUUCUCACAAUUCACUUUCAUUAGUUGCCCAGGCAAUGCUGCUAUAAUAAAAUGUUGUAAUAACUGUAGUUUAGAAGGGAGGGAAUGAAUGUAAUAAUAUAUUGACACGUGGGAUUCUUUUUAAUUGUGAGAAUAAGUUAAUAUUUAUUGAUUUUAGCGACAGUAGGCGGCAUUACCGUGCAAGUGAGGUUUAUGUUUUAAGUGACUGCUCAAUGUUGUUUAGAGGUUAGACAAGGUUCUCGUUGUGUUCUCAUCCCCUGUCCUGUACAGCAUAUCAGUCUGUGCUUUACACCGAGUCGAUCCGAUUGAGCCUCCACUUAAGUGUUCCCAAAUAGAAAAAGUGCCUCGACAUCAUAGGUACAUUCAUAGGUGGCAUUAUGAUUUCAUACAUUCACAUAUUGUAGCAUUACUGUUUAUAGCGGUGGACCAAAUGAACAUGGUGAGAAUCUCCAUCUGAUAGCCUCGUUUUCCACUCAGCUGUCUGUUUAUUAACACACACCACUUGUCCCUCUCUGUGUUGUUUACGCUAUCUCUGUUGUAUAAUUUAAGUGUGUGAUGUAAUAUGUUUGUAUGACUAUUGUGGAAAGAUUUUGUCAGAGUGAUCAGUAAUCAUGAAUUGUUUGCGAAGCAGUGAGAUCUGUACAAAUUAUAUACAAUACUUGUACAGUUCAGAUAAUUAAAAUGCAAUAUUUUAAUUGCAUUUCCAUGUAUUAUUAAUAUAGAAUAAUAUAUCCUAUUUACAAAGGUUUGCAUCUGCAAUAGCACCAGUCUUUCCAGAGCCAUUAUGUUUUAAUAAAAAAAAAAAGUAAUGGUUUCCCUUUCUACUGAAAUGUACUAGGGCUUUCUCACCCUCUCUGCCUGUGGAUAGAGUGGUGUUUGCAUGUGAUAAUCUAAGCCUAAAAUAAAAGUUUUCAU